GUCUAUGCACAAGCUAUAAAACGGACAGGCCUUCUACGUGGUGGUCCAGUCUCCCGAAAUCGGGUGUCGUUAAGCUUGCCUGCUAGAAAAAUGAACGAUUCUGUGCGUUUGGUAGUGUUCCUGGUGUUGGCGGUCGCGUUUACCGGUGGUCCGGUAGCUGGUCAGCAUGAUCCACACUUUGUCCGCGGUCACAGCACCAUUGUGCAUCUGUUCGAAUGGAAAUGGAGCGAUAUUGCGGAUGAAUGUGAACGUUUCCUGGGACCGAAAGGCUAUGGAGGUGUGCAGCUAUCCCCAGUUAGUGAGAAUAUCGUGGUUCGGCAGGCCGAUGGGAACCGACCGUGGUGGGAACGUUAUCAGCCCAUUUCCUUCAAGCUAGAGACCCGCUCUGGUUCGGAGGCUGCGUUUGCCGACAUGUCCCGACGCUGCAAUGCGGCUGGUGUGCGUCUCUACGUGGACAUCAUCAUUAACCACAUGGGAGCAACGCAGCCCGUCGAACCGGCUAUUGGUACUGGUGGGUCCACGGCCAUUCCCUCCGAUCGUCAAUUCCCGGCAGUGCCUUUCGGAUGGCCCGAUUUCAACCAACCGUGUGCGAUCAACGAUUGGAACAACGCGAUCGAGAUCCGUAACUGUGAACUUGUAGGACUGCAUGAUCUCAACCAAGGUGUACCGUGGGUUCGUGAUCGUAUCGUCGAUUUCCUGAACCAUCUGAUUGAGCUCGGAGUAGCCGGGUUCCGUGUGGAUGCCGCCAAGCACAUGUGGCCCGCAGAUCUGGAGGUGAUCUUCGGACGACUCAAUAACCUCAACACCGCGUACGGAUUUGCCCCCGGCUCGAGAGCUUUCCUCGCCCAGGAGGUUAUCGAUAUGGGUAGCCACGAAGCGGUCCGAAAGUACGAGUACAUACAUCUCGGCACGGUCACAGAGUUUAUGUUCUCGCACUAUCUGGGCCGAGCAUUCGGUGGAAAUGACGCUCUCCGUUGGUUGUCCAACUUUGGCGAAUCCUGGGGUCUGCUUUCUACUCGCGAUGCGUUCGUGUUCGUAGAUAAUCACGAUAACCAGCGCGGCCAUGAUGGAAUCCUCACGUACAAACAACCAAAGCCGUACAAAAUGGCUACCGCCUUUGCUGCAGCCUAUCCUUUUGGCCAGCUGCGCAUUAUGAGUUCGUUCGAUUUCACCAGCUUCGAUCAGGGUCCACCGGCCGAUGCGCAGGGCAAUCUACUCUCGCCCAUCAUUAACCCGGACAAGACGUGCGGCGGCGGUUGGGUGUGUGAGCACCGAUGGCGUCAGAUGUAUAGCAUGAUCCACUUCCGUAAUCUUGCCUGGGGAACGCCGUUGAUGCAUUGGUGGGACAAUGGUAACAACCAGAUCGCGUUUGCCCGUGGAAAUGUCGGAUUCGUAGCGUUCAACCUCGAACCCGUGGACAUGAAUGUGAUCUUGCAGACGGGAUUGCCGGCCGGUAUCUACUGUGACGUCAUUUCCGGGGCCCGUGAGGGUGAAAACUGCACUGGUCUGCAGGUGAUUGUGGAACCGAACGGGUUUGCAUCGAUUUCUAUCCGAGCCAAUGCUGAGGAUGGUGUGAUUGCCAUCCACAGUGAGUCCCGUCUGUAAAGCCGUUGUGAAUGAGCUGGUGCGGUACUGCUGCCAUUAGUUUGGAAUUUUCCACGAGAGCUCCUCGUACGCAUCACAGUUAUACUGGAACCAUCGGUCCGCACAAAGCUUCGAGCAAAACAAAACGCUCAACACAACGUUUCGCGCAUAUUCUUUCCUAGAAGUAAAAUAAAAAUAAAACAAAAAUUGCGAUUACAACCAAUUUAAA